UUCCCUCCAGGCUACAAAUUCACCGGCUUCCUGAACAUUUCCACUUGGAUAAUCCACAGGCCCUUCCAACUCAACAUGUCCAACACUGAACUCAUGAGCCCCUGCCUUUCCUCCCAGGAGCCGGGAUGUACCCCUCCCCCAGAUCACCCCGCCAAAGGCACACUUUUGCAGCGUCUACCUACCUCCUCACCCUAUCCAGUCAGGCACCAAUGAAUUUUCAAAAUUGCAUGUUCCAGAUUGGGGCCUGGCAGCCCCACGCUCCCCUCACGCCCUGCAUCAGACCUCAUCCUCUUUCCACAGCAGCCUCCACCUUUCUCUCCAACCCCAUCCUCUUUACUACAGCCAGAGUCAUCCACAAAAAAUGCCUGUCUGAUCACACCAUUCCGCUCAAAACCCUCCCAUGGUCCCCAGUGUUAGGAUCUUUCCAUCCAUGUUACUCACCCGGCCCUCAACCCACCUGCCAAAUUGCCAUAAUUAGGCAUCUGAAAUGCUGCCCUCCAGCUACCUACUUCAAGCCUCAGCUCAGAUGUUCCUCCUCUGUGACCCCUGCCUUCAGCCCUCAGUACCCACUUCUGCCAACACUGCCCCUGCUGUGCCCCAGUGACCCCCGUGUUUGCAAGUGUGUCCGUACUCCAAGCCCUACGCAGCACAGGAGGUGAGCUGUGGGGAGACUAGAGCAGAGUCAGACCCUGAAAGCUGCGCAGAGGCUAAGCAACCCAACAAGGCAGGUGAACUGGCCGCUGAGAGAAGAAUCGGGUGGAGCAGAGAGCAGCUGCUGCAGGGCAGACAGCCAGGACCCCCAAAUCUGCACGUACCAGCAGUCAGCCGCCCCACGCAGGGACCGGCUUACCCCUCGCUCCCCGCCCUCACUCACUUUCUCCCGCCCUCGGCCCGGCCUCCCAGCUCUCUACUUCGCGUGUCUACAAACUCAACUCCCAGUUUCCGUGCCUCUCCACCGCUCGAGUUCUCUACUCUCCAUAUCCGAGGGGCCCCUCCCAGCAUCUACCCCCCUCCCAACCUCGGGGGACCUAGCCAAGCUAGGGGGGACUGGAUCCGACGGGUGGAGCAGCCAGGUGAGCCCCGAAAGGUGGGGCGGGGCAGGGGCGCUCCCAGCCCCACCCCGGGAUCUGGUGACGCUGGGGCUGGAAUUUGACACCGGACGGCUGCGGCGGCGGGCAGGAGGCUGCUGAGGGAUGGAGUUGGGCCCGGCCCCCAGACAAGGCCCGGGGGCUCCGCCAGCAGCAGGUCCCUCGGGCCCCAGCCCUCGCUGCCACCCGGGCCUGGAGCCCCACACCCGAGGGUGCAGACUGGCUGCCAAGGCCACACUUUUGGCUAAAAGAGGCACUGCCAGGUGUACAGUCCUGGGCAUGCGCCGUUUGAGCUUCGGGGGAAAGCCCAGCACUGGUCCCCGGAAAGGUGCCUAGAAGAACACGGUGCAGGACCCCGUGGUGAGUAGCGGGCUGGUGGAUGGGGAGGCAAGGGCUAGAGAACCAAACGGCCCUAGACCACAAGGAGGUAGGAGGCAGGGCCUGAGCUGCCCUCAAGAGACCUGCUCCCGGGCUCCCCCUAGCGCAGAGGGCUCCUAAGGCUGCCCUGCCUGCCUUUCCCUCCAUCACGGAGAACAGUCACUGGCCUGGCUCGGAGGCCCUGAUUCCGCUUAGCCAAGAGGCGCACUCCAGGACCUGGAGGACAACCCCGGGAAGGCCUGGGUCUGUUCCACAGGUGUGCAGGCAUUCUGUGUGCUAAAGGAUGGGGAUGAGGGUGGCAGCUGGGACCCAAGAGGAGGCUGGCUAAUGAGGACUUACGAAGGCUCUGGGGCCCCAAAAGGGUGUUUGGGAGUGCUAGCAGUGGGAGCUCAGGAAGGCUGGCUGGGAUCAGGAACGAUGGCUCAAGGGGGAAACUUCUAGGAGCAUGACUAGGCUGCCAGAUCCAUAGGAGGCUGGGAGGGGUACAGACCUAGACCAGCUCCCAGGGUGGCUCAGCUCUCAGAGACCAGGCUGGUAUGGAAGCCUAGCUGGCCCUCCUGGGAGUGGCUCCGGCCUGAGUGUAGCUGAGGGGAUGGAAAAGCCCACCCUGCUUGGAAUCUGCAGGCUUGGCAGACUCUGCCCCCUUGUGGCCACAGGAAGCCAUGGCCCAGGCCCCAUGUUUUCAGAGGGCCCAUUAGCGCCCACCAUCCCCCGACUCUGUGGUCAUCGAGGGACACCUAUGGUCAGAGGAGAGAACUCAGGUGGCUCUGGGUCCAGAACACAGUUCACAGAGGGGCGAGGUGAAGCAGCUCUGGGUGGGCAGCACAGGCUGAGGCUUGGGGCUCACUAUCAUUAGAUAACUCUUAGAGUGACCAGCUAGCACCCUAAUUCUUCUCCAGCCCUCGGCUUCCUCUCCGGCAGCCUGGGGUGAAGGCCUCUGAAGGACCAAGUGUGUCCAGCUAUAACUCCUUCCAGCCACUUCUGGCAUCUCCAGACCUACAGCACAGAGCAGGAAGGUUCUGGGAAAAGAGGACUCCUCUCUCCCCUCCAGCUGUGUGACCUUGUAACCUUAGACAACCUCUGAACUUCUCUGAGCCUUGUUUGCUCAUCUGGAAAAAGGGGAUUAAACCAUUUACUUCAUGGAGUUGUGAAAGAAUAGCUGCAAAGCACCUAACACAUAGUAAGGUUCCCAGGGCAGCUACUUCUGCUGGGUUGAGUCUAGCUGUGUAGGCCCCUUGUUCCUCACCUGGAGAAACUGGGGUGGCAGGACGGCCCCCCCCAAAAGAUAACUCAUCUCUUAAUUUGCAAGCUGCCUCAACAGGAGGGUGGGGGAACAGCUCAACAAUGGCUGAUGGGCGCUCCUGGUGUUGAUAGAGAUGGAACUUGGACUUGGAGGCCUCUCCACGCUGUCCCACUGCCCCUGGCCUAGGCGGCAGGUGAGUGGUUCUCCCAGUGACUCCUACCUGGUACUGAGGAAAGGCGGCUUGACUGGCGAGAGAGAGCAGGGCUUGGCUUGGGCAGCGGUUAGGUGUGGGAGGGAAAAUGGUCAGGGAGGGACCAGGUGAAUGGGAGGAGGAGCGGGACUUCUCUGAAUGGUCGGUGCACUCAGGUGAUUCCUCCCCUGGGCUCCCAGAGGCAGCAAACCCAUUAUCCUGGAACCUAGGCCCUUCCUGAGUUUCCCCUCCACACAGCUAGGAGCCCAUGCCCGGCCUGAUCUCAGCCCGAGGACAGCCCCUCCUUGAGGUCCUUCCUCCCCCAGCCCACCUGGGCGCCCUCUUUCUCCCUGAGGCUCCACUUGGUCUCUCCGCGCAGCCUGCCCUGUGGCCCACCCUGGCCGCUCUGGCUCUGCUGAGCAGCGUCGCAGAGGCCUCCCUGGGCUCCGCGCCCCGCAGCCCUGCCCCCCGCGAAGGCCCCGCGCCUGUCCUGGCGUCCCCCGCCGGCCACCUGCCGGGGGGACGCACGGCCCGCUGGUGCAGUGGAAGAGCCCGGCGGCCGCCGCCGCAGCCUUCUCGGCCCGCGCCCCCGCCGCCUGCACCCCCAUCUGCUCUUCCCCGCGGGGGCCGCGCGGCGCGGGCUGGGGGCCCGGGCAGCCGCGCUCGGGCAGCGGGGGCGCGGGGCUGCCGCCUGCGCUCGCAGCUGGUGCCGGUGCGCGCGCUCGGCCUGGGCCACCGCUCCGACGAGCUGGUGCGUUUCCGCUUCUGCAGCGGCUCCUGCCGCCGCGCGCGCUCUCCACACGACCUCAGCCUGGCCAGCCUACUGGGCGCCGGGGCCCUGCGACCGCCCCCGGGCUCCCGGCCCGUCAGCCAGCCCUGCUGCCGACCCACGCGCUACGAAGCGGUCUCCUUCAUGGACGUCAACAGCACCUGGAGAACCGUGGACCGCCUCUCGGCCACCGCCUGCGGCUGCCUGGGCUGAGGGCUCGCUCCAGGGCUUUGCAGACUGGACCCUUACCGGUGGCUCUUCCUGCCUGAGACCCUCCCGCAGAGUCCCACUAGCCAGCGGCCUCAGCCAGGGACGAAGGCCUUAAAGCUGAGAGGCCCCUGCCGGUGGGUGAUGGACAUCAUCCCCGAACAGGUGAAGGGACAACUGACUAGCAGCCCCAGAGCCCUCACCCUGCGGAUCCCAGCCUAAAAGACACCAGAGACCUCAGCUAUGGAGCCCUUCGGACCCACUUCUCACAGACUCUGGCACUGGCCAGGCCUCGAACCUGGGACCCCUCCUCUGAUGAACCCUACAGUGGCUGAGGCAUCAGCCCCCCGCCCAGGCCCUGUAGGGACAGCAUUUGAAGGACACAUAUUGCAGUUGCUUGGUUGAAAGUGCCUGUGCUGGAACUGGCCUGUACUCACUCGUGGGAGCUGGCCCCUAUUUAUUAUUUCUAAGUUAUUUAUUUA